AUGAAGACCCUCGGACCCAGAAUCUCAUUUUAUGCGGGCUUCGUGGUGGGAACCCUCACAUUGAGCGUGUUUCUGCGGCAGCUUUGGUUUGAGCGGCAAGUCAGCACCUUGGCCAGAGAUCUGGACUACCAGCAACAGCUCGAGGAGGAAAAGAAAAUGUGGAAGAAAGAGGGGUCUGCACUUUACAACCUCAAGCACCCUCAUCACAUAGGUGAGGAUAGCCGCAUGGCUGAUGAAUUGUACAAAAAGGUGCGUAUUCUUUGCUGGGUGAUGACUGGACCCAAAAACCUGGAGACGAAGACUCGACAUGUGAAGUACACCUGGAGUCGCCAUUGCAAUAUUUUGGUCUUCAUGAGCUCUGUGGAUGACCCCGACUUCCCCACAGUGGGAUUAGGUACAAAGGAGGGUCGGGAUCAGCUGUACUGGAAAACAAUUCGGGCCUACCAUUAUGUCUAUGAGCAUUAUGCAGAUGAAGCAGAUUGGUUCCUCAAGGCAGAUGACGACACCUACGUCAUAGUGGACAACCUGCGCUGGAUUCUUGCAAACCACACUCCUGAUGAGCCUAUUUACUUCGGCAGACGAUUCAAGCUCUUCACUAAGCAGGGCUACAUGAGCGGUGGUGCAGGCUACGUACUGAGCAAAGAGGCUUUGCGAAGAUUUAUAGAAGGUUUUAAAAGCAAACAGUGUACUCAUACUAGUUCUAUAGAGGACGCAGCGAUGGGGCAGUGCAUGGAGAAAGUUGGGGUGCUGGCUGGAGACUCCAGAGACUCUUUUCAUAGGGAGACAUUUCACCCCUUUGUCCUUGAGCAGCACCUCACUUUCAGAUCUUUUAAGAGCUUUGAGAGCUACUGCUACUACCCCGUUUUAGAGGGUCCUAACUGCUGCUCGGACAUGUCAGUAUCUUUCCAUUACGUGGAUGCUGUAGGCAUGUAUUUAAUGGAAUAUUACACCUAUCACCUGCGUGCCUUUGGCUACAGAUAUCGCUAUCAGCCUCCCACCCCACCUGGCUACAGUAUAAAUAAGUUUGAAUCCUGGGAUGCUGGGAAAAAAGACAAAAAGCUAGAACAAAAACUAGUCCAUCCAGACCUAUCCAGAACUGACAAGAGACAGAAUGAAGAUCCCCCUCCUGUAGAUGGUAAAGAUGGUCCUGCUGCUGCAGAGGAAUCUGCCAGCGAGGACACGGAAGCAACGGUGAGAGGCUUCAUUAAAACCCACCUGAAGCUGCCAGAGGACACCGUAAAGAACAUCACUUUCGAUCGAGUCCAUCGUAUUGGGGCUAAGAGGACCCGGACCGGGAGACCACGUCCUAUUGGGGCCAAAUUCGGCCACUUCAAACAGAAGGAGCAGGUAAAGAGUCGCGGCAGGGAGCUGAAAGGAUCGGACUUGAGCAUGAAUAACCAGUUCCCCAAAGAGAUCCUGGAACGACACAAGGUCCUGUUCUCAAUCUGA